CUUUCUAGUAGGAAAUAAAGUGACAGGCCAGUGAGAGGGUUGCUGUCCCAUAGGGUGGCGCCGGGUGCAGAACCGAUGGACUGCUUCUCUUCCCAAAUAGUGGGAUUGUAUCAGCGCUCCUUCAUUUCACCUCAUUAACAGAGGCUGUCACAAGAUCUAUUGAUAUGCAAAUUGGACAGGGCGGGUGGUAGUGUGAAGACAAGCUCGGAUUGAGUUUACUUGGGAGUUGGGUCUCAGUGCGCGUAGCUCCCGUCCCAUCUGUUUUUACUUUCUGCCUGGAUAAACUACGGAGCCAUCGACAGUCCCCUCAAGCUUCUUGUUGUCUUUCAAUGUAAAUAGCCCGCACCGCUUCUCGUGCUUCGAAUCGGGUUUAUCUUCCAAGGAUUUGUAAUCGGACGGAGAGUUCGUCUGGCGAAUUACGCGCGGAACAUUUUGGCGCUGAGGAUGACAUGAGGGAGCCAACCUGGGAGUGUCCGGAGGUCCGAGCCCUCUCUCUUCUCCUUCUCUCCUCCUCUCUUUCUGCCCACUACCUGUGUGUGUGUGACGGUCAUGACUUAGGGUUGGUGUGAGCCCACCCUCCCUUCCUUGGAGCACUGCGUCUUGGAGACAGUGCUUCACUCGCCCUGCUUACAUGAGCCAGCAGGACGCGGCUGCGGUCCUCGCACUCUCCGAGCGCCUCCUGGUAGCCUCGCACAAGGGCCAGGCCGACAAUGUGGUCCAGCUCAUCAACAAAGGUGCAAAAGUAGCCGUCACCAAGUACGGCAGAAGUCCCCUGCAUCUGGCCUCCUAUAAGGGCCACACCGAGGUUGUGCGCAUUCUCCUGAAGGCUGACUGCGAUCUGGACAUCCAGGACGAUGGUGAGCAGACAGCCUUACAUCGGGCAGCCGUGGUAGGAAACAGUGAUGUUAUCUCUGCCCUCAUCCAGGAAGGGUGUGCUCUGGACAGACAGGACAAGGACGGUAACACUGCUUUGCAUGAGGUCUCGUGGCACGGCUUCAGCCAGUCUGUCAAACUGCUGGUCAAGGCCGGAGCCAACGUUCACUCAAAAAACAAGGCAGGGAACACAGCCCUCCACCUGGCCUGUCAGAACGGCCAUGCUCAGAGCUCCAAGGUCCUGCUGUUAGGUGGCUCCAGGCCCGACAGCAAGAACCAUGUGGGUGACACGUGUCUGCAUGUGGCGGCCCGUUACAACCAUGUGUCCAUGCUCCGCAUCCUCCUGGGAGCCUUCUGUUCCGUGGGAGAGAAGAACCAGGCUGGGGACACACCGCUGCAUGUUGCAGCAGCGCUGAAUCAUAAGAAAACGGUGCGUCUUCUGCUAGAAGCUGGAACAGAGAGCAGCAUCCGCAACAAUGCAGGCCAGACUGCAUUGGACCAGGCCAGAGACCACAACAACCCAGACAUAGCUCUGCUUCUGACCAAAGCACCUCAGGUCCAGAGCUUCACCCGAGGCAGGAUUGUGAGGAAGAGGAGGGACAAGCUGAAGGCUGAGCGCCGAGCACAGUCUGUGCCCAGGGAUGAGAUGCUCCCCAGGAAGGACAGUGCAUCUGCUGCUGACGACACCCACAGCAGCGACCUCGUCGCCCGCAAACACGAGGUGGUCGGGGCGAGCGCCGGCAAGAGCACAAACAGGAAGCUCAAAGAGAAGCCCUCGCUCUCCGACCCCCUCCGCCGGAGAGAGAACAAACACGGAAAGAAGAGGCGGGGCCAACUGCGUGGCUCCUCCCCCCAGCCCCCGCCUCACAACUACAAGGCCUAUCAGCUGUACACUCUGUACCGCGGCAAGGAUGGCAAGAUCAUGCAGGCGCCUAUCAAUGGCUGCCGCUGUGAGCCUUUGAUCAUCAAGCUGGAGAACCAGCUGGAGGCCACCAAGGAGGAGAUGAAGACAGAGAUCCACACGGUGCAGGACCUGAUGAACAACAAGAUGGGACAGUUGGACCGCAAGAACAAACAUCAGAUCCGUGCCCUAGAUAAGAUGACAGUAGAGAGAGUUUCAGCGGAGAGGACAGAGUGCCAACACAGGAUCGACCAGAGGGCCAUGCAGGAGAGACAGGAGGGGGAGAAGAGACAGCAGGCAUCAGUGGUGAGCGAGCUGAAAAACUGGUGCCUGGCCAAGCUCCAGAACAUUGAGGUGCUUGUCACUGGAGACCCCCGCAACGCCAAGCUGCGUCAGUCCUCGUCCAUGGCUGAAGGCCUGUGUGCGAUGGCCCCUGGGAGCCUCACUGUGUUGCCUGCAGGAGGGCCUGGGUGCAGAGUCGAGUGUCUGGCCCCCCACACCACUGACCUCACCGAGGGAGACCCCAACGCGGCCGCCACAGAGGACCCCUCAGCCAAUCACAACUUUGGGGUUCAGGUGGACAGCUCUCCAGACGGUGGUAAACAUCACAAGCGAGAAAAGAUCUCCUCCCCAACUGCCGCUAAGUCCCUGUCCCCAUCUCCCCAAGUGGUGCGGCCCAAGGAACGCUCGCUGUGUUCUACUGACCCCCGCAGGCCAUACCAGGGACUGCAGGACAUGGCACUGCUGGAUUUGGCACCGAGCAGAGGCGGCAACAACCAGCGGGCCAGCAGCCUGUCCCCAGCCACCGAGCGCCGCUGCAGCACCAGGCAGGACAAGGACUGCGACAGGGAGAGGGAUAGAGACAGGGAGCGGGGCAGGGACAAGGGCAAGCACCACAAGAGGCACUCCCAGGGCAGAACUAAGGCCAAGGGGGCCUCGGUGGUGCAGGCCGAGGGGACUCAGACUCUGGGGGUGUUUGGGGAGAGAGGUGGGGGGGAGGGCUUUGCACAGGAGAGGGAGAACAUGCACGCCCUGGAGGUGACACAGUACUUCUUUGAGGCGGUGUCGACCCAGAUGGAACACUGGUAUGAGAGGAAGAUCCAGGAGGCCAGGUGGCAGGCAGACCAGAGGGCCCAGGCAGACAGGGCUGCCCUGGUGGAGAGGAUCACCUACCUGGAGGACGAGCUACGCACGCUCAGGACUAACAGGCACGACGACAGCUAACACAGGGACACCAUUGCAGAGUAUAGAGCUACACCUUCAGAACAGCAAAAAAAUCAUAAUCUGAGCUCAUUACAGAGCAACUGGACCCACCGACCCAAAAAAUUGUCAUUGACUGAAUUUAGCAUGUUUAAUACUUUUGGUAAAUAAUGUCAUGCAACAGUAGAAAAUCAUCUGUAUAGUAACUUAUUUUAAGGGCAUGUUAUGGCAUGCCAGACUAUUCAGUAUAAUGUGGUCUUGUUAUUAAUUUGUUUUGGGUAGCUCCUGUGUUUGUGCUUUGUAAAAACCCCUAGUAGAUUUACUGAGUUAUUUAUAAUGUAUUAUGUCAUGGGGCCAUCACAGAGCUGGUACGCACACACACCUGGGCACAAUGUCACGCUGUCAUUAAGUCAACAUGCCAAUACUCCAGUGCUUUUUAUCCUGUGAUCUGAAAGCCUGUUAUGUGAAAGAGUCUGGAGGUUUGCUUGUGGAAAAUGUGGGUCAUAUUUUUCUUGUGACGUUCUUAAUGUGUAUUCAAUAAGAGAGUAGAGAAAGACAAAUGCAGACAGAGGAAAUAGUUGAGGUAACCAGGAUGCUUAAAAUAUCAGUAGAAUACGCUACUGCAAGCUUUCAUACAGAUAUGUGACUUACAAGGGUAACAGAACUCAAGAGAACACAGCCAAACUGGCAAUGUCUUAACUAUUAAGAAAACGUUAUUAUUCAUAACCUUUACUCCAACCCACUAAUGUAUGUCUCUUUAAAUGGUAAAAACCAUAACACCCUACCGCUUGUCCUUAGCACUAAAAUGAGGUACUGUUAAGAAGAACCUGUUUGCAUGGUGGAAAGUCUGUUUUUAAUCUUCUGAAAUAGACCUGUGCAAACAGUGUAUUAGUUAGUGCUCAUGUGUGACAUUUGUCCUGUUCAGGUGUGAGGUCGUGUACAUUGAUGCCUUUGUUGAUGAUAUGAACACACAUUCUGUGUAGUAAAAUAGAUAUCAAAUUGAUUUU